GAGGCAGUCGGGCAGUGCGGAUGCUGUGCGCAGGAAGUGGCCAUGGACUCCACGCAGAAGCAUGUGCUGCAGUGCGAUGUGCUUUGUGUGUCCACCGGUUUGCUGUGGCCCGUGUAAUUAGUUGAACUGAAAGUGUCGUAACUCCCAGAUCACUGCUCGAAGAAACAGUUCAGUUUGUUUUCAUACCAGUUUAUAUAUCGGAGUAAAGACAGACACAGCGGGAACUUGGGACAUUGAACACGUUAAUAAUAAAAACAGCCCACGGUUCUCUGCGGCAUGUUACUGGAACUUCCGAGAGACGAGAGAGACGUGUCACGUGACCCAGACCAGCGCAAUGAUGACUACGGCCGAUAAUGCCUUCGUCAGCAUGAAGACGAGCAGUUCGCUGCAGUUGGCCCAUCCAUGGAUGGAGUUGUGGUUUCGUUGUUGAUUUUGUGUUGAAUGGUGAGAACAGCCGACACGUCGCCUCUGACAUUCUCCGUGAACUCGUGUGGGAAGCCAGUAGCCUCGAACCCCAUCUUGAUGACAGCGUCGGUUAUGAAUCAUAAGCUGACAGAGACAGAAAGACAAGAGACUGUCAGAAGUAGGUCACUGUGUACAUCUGUGAAGCAACGAGAAACAUUUCCACGGUAGGAAUCGGUUUGCAGUCCUCUAGGUACUUUUAUUUUAAUAAUUUCCCAAAGUAGCCGUUUUACAUCACCAGCCUAGAUAAGUGAGUUGCAUUGUCUUCCUGUUGCUUCAAGCAGCAGUCGCUACGUGCAGUGUUUGCGAAUUGUCAGCCACGAAAGCAAUUGCAUUAGUAAUUCAGGCGAUAAGACCGAACUACAUAUGUAUAUAUGUUGAACAGAAAGCUAAAAUUAUUUUACAAAAACAAAACAGUGAAGGAAGGGUUAUCUAUAAAGGUUAACCCCUCCCUUGGCUUGUGCUUCUCCAACCGGCAAGCAGACAUCAGGCCAAGUAAACUAAGUUAACUUGCUUCGUUAACUGACGAAGAUUCCGCAAGAGUUUCAGAGCUUCUAGCGGAUAAAGUCUGGAUGGUUUCUCUUUCUCUUCACUGCCCCCGUUCCCUCAAACCUCGACUGAACCUCGACACAACUGUAACUCGCUCUCUCAAUUACACUGGCAGCGCUUAUCAGUUCUCGUGUUGAUCUUUUGAACAGAGCGCAGUGGUAGUUAGAGAUAAUUCCCCCUACUCGUCCACAACCUUCCUCCCUCCCCUCCUCAUCUUCGUCCCUCCUCUAGUCAUCACAACAGAGCUUAGUAAUCACCAGCGUUAACGAUUUUCCUAAAAGAAACACAGAUAAUUGGUGCGACAUUAUCCAACAAUAAUCAAGUUGCCUCAAGUGACUUUACUGCCCGGAUGGGCAACGACCAGUCAAACUGGUCAGCCCCUUGUGGCAGGACAUGUUCACCAGUCACCGUCUGGGGACACCAGCACAGAAACAAUAAUCCACCACCGGAUAUCAUCGCCGAUCAGCGACAGAGCUACACCAGACAAUCGCAGUUGCACGAACUCGCCGAAGAAACUCAAGUUUUCUCCUCCCCCGCCGUCCCCUCCACCGUCUCACAGAUCCAGAUCAGCGUUAUCUCUCGACAAGAGCUGGGCGACCACGAAGUGCAAGACAAGCGCCAAUCAUGCCAAGUGCUCGGCUCGAGUUGCAGCGUCAAGUGCUGACGGCAGCAGUAAACGUCGCACCAGACCGCCUGCUCUAGCAAGGCGCUCGGCUAGUUGCUGUCUCAAGCUCUACACGAUGAAGCUGAAGGAACGGCUUGUCCUCGGCUUCAGCAUCACCGCUGUCCUCUUCACCCUCAUACUGGUCGUCGAUCUGCAGAUGGACCUGGGCAUGUCCGGACAUCAUCUUGUUCCUAGUCACGGCCGUGUUAAGUUCGGCAACGGCGGUGUGGACGGCCCGGGGUCUGCGUAUAACAGCUUCCGCAAGCGUUUCUUGCAGAGAAGCAACAAUGGCUCUCGUGAGAUCUCGUCUGGUGGUGCCACAACCAGCAACAGUGUACCAGCGUCGCAGCAGCAAGAUGGUGGGCACAACGGAAGUGUUCUCGGGGCUGAUGGACGCAAAGUGGCAGCUGCGACUGUGGGGCAGGAACCGCACGACGACUUCAGUGAUUUGCUUGACUAUGUGCUGAACAACGCGGCCGAAGUGGACGGCCCCGCCAAGUCCAGUGCGGCCGUUCCCACGAGACGUCAUAAUCCCACGUUGGGAGAACUCAUGGACAUCCCGGCAAGGAAGAACAUGAGCCACCUGGACCUCUUCCACAUCAGCAUCUCCCAGUACGAGCUGUACCGAGAGGGCGAUACUUUGGUGGAUCAGUUGCUGCACGACAUGGCGACCGCGCGCAUCGUUCACAUCAGUCAGAAGGACGGUGGGACGCAGAUAAAGCUCAUCAUUGAUUACCCCAACGACGUCCAGGCGCUCUUCAAGCCGAUGAGGUUUCCUCGGGAGCAGCAAACGUUGCCAAAUCACUUCUACUUCACGGACUUCGAGCGGCACACGGCGGAAAUCGCUGCUUUUCAUCUGGACAGGUUGCUGGGGUUCCGGCGGGCCAUGCCCGUCACAGGGCGCGUCCUCAACAUGACGACGGAGCUGUACGCCUUGGCCGACGGAGAGCUGCUCAAGACCUUUUUCGUCUCGCCGUCCAACAACCUGUGUUUCCACGGCAAGUGUUCCUACUACUGCGACACGGCGCACGCCAUCUGCGGGAACCCUGACAUACUGGAGGGCUCUUUCGCGGCCUUCCUACCGCCGAAAGAGACGGCCCCCCGCAAAGUCUGGAGGCAUCCAUGGAGGCGGUCCUACCACAAGAGGCGGAAGGCCCAGUGGGAGCAAGACUCUGACUACUGCACCAUGGUGCGGGACAUCCCUCCGUACGACUCCGGCCGCCGGCUCCUCGACCUCAUGGACAUGGCGGUGUUCGACUUCCUGACUGGCAACAUGGACCGACACCAUUACGAGACGUUUCGGGUGUUCGGCAACGACACCUUCCCUCUGCACCUGGACCAUGGCCGCGGGUUUGGCAAGCCGUUCCAGGACGAGGUGUCCAUCCUGGCUCCAGUGCUGCAGUGCUGCCUCAUGCGGCAGUCCACGCUCACCACUCUGCUGAGGUUCCACAACGGGCCGCGGAAGCUGAGUGAGGCGAUGCGUGACUCCAUGAGUCACGAUCCCGUGGCCCCCGUGCUCUGGGAGCCCCACCUGACGGCCCUGGACCGCCGGGUCAAGAUUAUCCUUCAGGGCAUCCGAGACUGCAUCGCCAAAGACGACGCCGUGGACGCCAUUGUACAGAACGACGUCUCCUAGCGGCGGCUUUCGCAGCCGCGCAGGCGCAGAAGCAGCUCCAAGAGAAGGCCCGUGUACAAGAGACGACGGCCUCCGGAAACACUCCAGGACGACCGUCGUGGAGUGGACAUCGUUGCUUGGUUGUGACGUGACGGACAGACGAACACUCAUUGGCCGCGAAAUGUUUACUGUGCUGAACCAGUAGAUUUAAGGUGUAUAUAACUAAUUGUGUGCGAUCAUUAUGGGAGUGAUUCUAACGUUGUUGUUGUUUGUUGUUGUUGCUGUUGUUGCUGUUCUUGUUGUUGCACUGUCACAAUGAUAAGGGCUUUAACUGUAAAUAAAACUGUGGGCACGUCUCCUGUUCCAGAGGUGUUACGUCACGCA